GCGAAGAAGAAGUCCAAGAAGCACUUUCCAAUCGUGGGAAAUGGCGCUUCGCGUUGUGGAAACCUGAAGUCAGAGGAAGCAUCUCAUACUUGACUGUCAGUUGAGGCGCCCACAGGGCUCUACGCAUGAGUUGCACUUUGAAAAGGAGCGGAUUAUGACAGAGGAGAAAGGGAGCCGAGAGAUUCGUCAAGGAAAACACAACAUCCGCGGCUCAGGCGUCAACAUCCUCGGACAGUGAACAAUGCAUGACCUGACUGCCCAAGUUACCAGCAGCCUGCUGCCUUUCCCAAGAGUGACUAUAGAUGCUUUAGGGGAGGAUGAGAUCACCCUGGACUCUGUGCUACAUGGGAAAUUCACUGUUGGCCGCAGUGGGCUGGCCUGGCUGGCCUGUGGCCCUCACCUGGAGGUUGUCCAUGCAGUGACAGGAGAACGGCUGUCUGCAUACUGCUUCAGUGGCGGAGGCGAGCACCCACCCAGUGUCCUCGCUGCCAGGGACUUCAGCUGGCUCAAACGGUCUGGAUUACUGGUUGGCUUGGAGGAAGCAGAGGGCAGCGUGCUGUGUCUAUAUGACCUGGGACUGUCAAGGGUGGUCAAAGCUGUGGUUAUACCAGGCAGGAUUACAGCUAUUGAGCCAUUAGUAAGUUAUGGCGGCGCAAGCACAUCCACCCAGCAUCUUCACCAGAGUCUGCGCUGGUUCUUUGGCAUUGCUGCCGUAGUAACAGAUCUAGGUCAUGUUCUGCUUGUGGACCUGUGUCUCGACGACCUGUCCUGCAGCCAAAGUGAACUGGAGGCUUCAGACCUGCAGGUAGUGACCAAAUCUCCUGCAGAGAUCCCGAGGCUAAGAGAAGUCAGCACCAGACAGGGCAGACAUCUUUGUCUCCAGCUGAAUGGGCCCAGUGGAGUCGGAGCCACAGCUCUGCAGUACAUCUCCAGGACCAACCAGCUGGCAGUGGGAUUUUCAGAUGGAUACCUACAGCUGUGGAACAUGAAGUCUCUAAAGAAGGAAUACCACUCCCAGUUAGAGGGUGGCAGGGUGCCUGUGCAUGCCUUCACCUUCCAGGAGCCAGAAAAUGACCCCAGGAACUGUUGCUACCUCUGGGCUGUCCAGUCUUCUCAGGAACUUGAGGGAGAUAUGGUCAGCCUCCGCCUGCUUCAGCUGGCCUUCAGUGAAAGGAAGUGUCUAGCUUCUGGGAAGAUCCUCUAUGAGGGUCUGGAGUACUGUGAGGAACGUUACAGUCAGGAACUAAGUGGCACAGCCUUCCCUCUCAGGACCCAGGCCGCAGACACCCGCCUGCUGAGUUGCCAGACCAUCGAGAAGUUCCGACCCCAUCCGGACAGAGAUGACAGCAUGAACGAAGUUGCAUCUCCAGACACCAGUGUUUCUAUCUUCAGCUGGCAAGUCAAGGUCUAUGGCCAGGGAACCCCAUCUACUUACAUUGGGGUUUUUGACAUCAACCGCUGGUACCACGCACAGAUGCCAGACUCUCUAAGCUUUGCUUUGUGUGUUGUUGGCAGAACGGGAGAGUCUCUGCAAAACUGUCCCUACCUGGCAGUUUGGUCUCUGGACCCAGUGGUGAAAAUGGUGUCUCAACACGUCCUCCUGGAUGUGGUGGUGCACGACCGCAGCCUGAGCAGGGGCCUGCCCUUCACCUGCCCCCCACCAGAACAGUACUUUAACCCCACCACAUAUAACUUUGAUGCUACCUGCUUGCUCAACGCUGGAAUUGUGCACUUAACCUGCUCUGGGUAUCAGAAAGAGACCCUGAGCUUUUUGAAGAAAGCUGCUCCUUGUUCCAGUGAUGUCAUCUCCACUAGCUACUCUCGCUGCCUCAUGUCCGGCCUUCUCUCAUCUCGCCUGGCUGACACUCAGGCCUCUAGCCUCUCACAGGUGGAGCAGCUGGAUGCCAUCUUGUCCACAGCGGUAGAGACCAGUUCCUUGGGACUGAUCACUGGCUGCAUCAAACAGUGGACUGCAGAAGAACAACCAGGCUCUGCACUGAACCUGCGCUACAUCCUGGACUGGGCCUGGAACAAAGUGGUCCAGACCAAGGAGGAACUGGAUGGCAUCUGUGCACCACUGUUUGACAGCUCAUCCAACUUCACAGACCCUCAGACCCUUCAGCUGCUACAGCACAGCCAGAGACUGCUGGGAAACCUUAGCACCAUUUUCCACUGUCUGCUCAGUGAAGCUCACGAGCUCACACAAAAAGGUCUGGUGGGUCUGAUAAACAAGAACAUGGUGUCCAGUCUGAUUUCCAAGUACGCUCAGGUGGUGCUCUGGUUCUGUCGUACGGGUCUGCUGCCUGAAGGAUCAGACGACGACGCUCUUCAGAUCUCCAGGCCUUUCUACACUCACUCAGUCAUCAGCAACUAUUAUACUAUACGCAGGGAGGAGCUCACCAGGCUGGCUAAAGGCAAGUGGUGCGCAGACUGCCUGAUGAUCGACGGUUUGGUUGGUCAGUGUGGUGAACACUUGAUCAAUCUCUGGAAGAGGGAUGAGGGUGGGACAGGGCAAUACCCACCACCUACAUUGCAUGCCUUGUUGGACAUUUAUCUACUGGACAACAUUGAUGAAGCUACCAAGCAUGCAAUUGUGAUUUACCUGUUGCUGGAUGUCAUGUACUCCUUCCCCAAUAAGGAGGGAGCAUCAGUGGAGUCUUUCCCCACAGCUUUUGCUAUUCCUAUUGGACUGGUGAAACUGGUGCAAGGCCUCUGGCUGCUGGACCAUCACGACCACCAGAGUUCCUUUGAGUUGCUCCUGCAUCCAGCUGCCUCUCAGUGUCAGUUUGACUGGCAGCACGAGCGUGUCCUGCAAGCACUGAUGUGCCAGGGCCAACACUCAGUGGCACUGCGAUACUUCCACGUUACAAAGCCCCCGAUUUCCUCCACCUCCCAGGCCAAACUCUGCAUGUCUGUACUGCUACACAACAGGUGUCUCAUAGAAGCGUGGUCUUUACUUCGGCAGCACUCUAACCGCCUCAACAUGAGUGAGCUGCUGGGCUUUCUGUAUGAGAGCUGCCAGGAGCUGGGCCUCAUCAAGGAGCUGCUCAAGCUGCCCCUGGGAGUUCCCGAGCAGGAAUGUUUAGAGAAGUUUCUCCAGGGCACAGGGGGACUCCAGAACAGAGAACUGCUGAUGGUUCAUUACCUUCAGCAGGCCAACUACAUUCCCGCCCUGCAGCUCAACCACGGCCUCAAAAUGAACCUGGUGAAUGAGCGAGACCCAAAGCUUAAAGAGCGAUCCAACAUCAGGAACUCAAUAUUGGAUCAGUACGGCAGAGUUUUGCCCAGAGUCCAGAGGAAACUGGCAAUGGAGAGAUCAAAGCCCUACCAGCAUCCCCACACCAUCCACAGAGAAGUUUCUCGGCCACAGCCACUAUCAACCAUCAGUAAGCGCUCCGUCAAUGAGAAGGUGAUGUCGAGGGCCGGCUUCAUCAACAACGUCCUGACCAAGAUUGAGGAGGUGUGGUUAGGCAAAGGAGCUACGCCGCAGUCCUCCCCAGCCAAGAGCCCCAGGGCAGCAGAUCAGAGCCCCAAGCCCUCCUCCUCCUCAGCCAUUCCCGACCCCUUCCUGGGAACCCCUAUCACCAUGACCUCCAAACGAAAAUCAAGGCUGCUGGACUUGGUGGUUCACCCCUCCUGUCAGACCCCUCGCCCUGUGCUCAGCCCUCCCAGACCUCCCAGCUCCUGGGUUUCUCCUAAGAGUAUCGGCAAGGCCCCUGAACUCAGUCUGCUGCAAACACCCCAGGUGGUCAAGCGAGCUCGGGCUUUGGCUGCUUCUGGUCCAGUGUUCUCAGGAUUCACUCCCCAGUCCAUCCUGCGCAGCAGCCUGAGGCCCACACCUGUCGCCACCCCGUCUGCUUCUCCAGGACGCUCCAUCACACCCCCACUCCGCAGCAAAGAGAGUCGCAUCACCUUCAUUGAAGAGACAGAAUCUCCUGAACGGGAGAAGGGUAUCCGAUGGACCAAUGGGAUGGCAGCAGACAGUGAAAUUAGCUUGCUGACCAGAGGCUCCACACUAUCCAAGGCUACACAUAAGACCUGGUCCUCACAGCCCGCAGAGGAGGAAGAGAAUGGAGAUGAAGAAGGGGAGCAACCUCGUGUGAAGUUCUUGCCUCCAGAAGGUGGUAUUCCCUCCCCACAGCUGAGAUGCUUUCAGAGCGAGUCAACCUCCAUCCAUGAAGUCGCUGCAGAAACCAGACCAUCAGAUGCAACACAACCACAACUUAACCUGAGCUUUGACACCAGCCACACAUCUGUCCGUUCAACAGACACCACGCUAGAGUUUUAUGAUGCACCUCUUCCUGAUCUCUCAGAGAACCAGGAGGGAGAGGAGGGGCACACUGCUACAGAGAAAGAAGAGGAGGUAGUGACACUGAACAUCAAAGACCUAGCUGAAAAUCAAGAACCAGAGGAAGAGCCCACGCCAACCACUGAGCUAACCCCUCCCCUGACAUCAGAGGCUGGAGAAAAGGAGGAAGAAGAGGAGGUGAAAGAAGACAAAACAGCUAAGGAUGUGAUGGAGAUUGCUCUUGAAGAGGAGGCUAAAAACGAGGAAGAUGUUGAGUUCAAAGAGGAGGAUGAACAGGAUGUUGAGUCAACUCAUGAGCAUGAAGAUGCUGCAGCUCCUCAGCAAGAGGAGAUGUCUACUCACAAUGAAGUUUGUAACCAGGUAACUGAGAGCAUGGACUCUGGUGCUGAAGUCGAAUCUGCGGAUCUACCAGUGGGAGAGGACGUCCAGACAGAACAGACAGAGGUCACUGAAUUCACAGAGUUCACCGAGUAUCUGAAACCAUCUGAUGCCACCGAACCCACAAAUGACGCAGAAGAGGAGCUGGAGCAAUCAACAGAUCUGACGGAAUUUGUGCAGAGACAUCUCUUCGGCAGCGAUCUGUCUCCUCCGCUCACCCGCUCAGGAAUCCACGACGCAUCACAGACCCUGACAUCCUUUAACAGUGAGCUGCCAGGUGAGGCUGAAGAGGAGGCGCAGGCAGCUGUUGAAGCUCCACCGGUGUUCACCAGCCAAAAAUCUACUGCCUCUGUGACAUCCUCUGAGCCAACUGGCACAGACUCCCACUCUGUUGUGAGUGUAAAUGAUAGUGAAGACCUUUCUAGUGCUCUGUCUGAGGAAGAAGAAGAAGAAGAAGAAGAUGAGGAGGAGGAGGAGUCUGAUCAAGCUGAGGAGGAGGAGGAGGAGGAAGAAGGGGAUGAAGAGGAGGAGGAGGAAGAAGACUCUGGUAGUGAGGUGGAGAUCAUUGAGGAGGUCCAGGGUAAUGGGAGACUACCACCCCUCCAACCCAGUUCAGUCUUUGUACAACAAGGACACACACACUUCCUGCCAGGUCUGCCAGAGCAAGAGGCUGCGGAGUUCUCUCUGAUCACACCUGGCACAGAGAUAAAGAUGGUAGAGGAGGACAUGGAAGGUGAGGUGGUGAUGGUGAGACUCGGGGCAGAUGAAGGUGGGAUGGAGGCAGAUGAGGAUGAGCAAGGAUCAUCAUACAUGGAGCUCAAACCCUCCACCACUCUCCUGGUACCCCUGGAGCUUGUGGAGGGGCAGGACAGCCUGAUCCAUCCACAGCUGGGUCUUCCAGAUCUUCAGCAAACAAUUGUGCCAGACGACCCGAGAUCUGAAUCUCAGAGCGGCUUCUCUCUGAUGCUGGAUUUGGACGAGGAAGGGAAUAAAGAGGCAGACAUGCUGCCCAUGGAGAACGAUUUGCAGUCCUCUGACCCUCCCACUCUGUUUCCAGCAGUGGAGGUUAUUGAUGAACUUGAGGCCAAACCUGAGGUUAUUGUUCUGGGCACAGAUGAUCAGGAUCCUCUUUUGUCUGAAGAAGUGUUAGAAGAGGACCACAGGGAAGAGAUGGACACCUUGGAUGGAAUUGAGUUAGAUGGACUGACAGAGUCAGAAAUUGUAAAACUGGGUGAGGAAGCUGACGUACAAACUGAAAACACUGGGGAAAACCAUGAGAACGAGGAUACUGAGGAACAGAGCAAUGCAGAGUUAGUAAUGUUGGUUGAAGACCAUAAAGCUGAAGGUCCUUCAGCCGCUGAACCAAGUCCAGAGGAAGACGUCCCUGCAGUGACGAUGGUUGAAGAUCAUGAACCUGAAGUUCUUUCAGCCUCUGAACCAAGUCCUGAGGAAGACAUCCCUGCAGUGACGUUGGGUGAAGAUCAUGAACAUGAAGUUCUUUCAGCCUCUGCACCAAGCCCAGUGGAAGAACUCCUGGCAGCUGUGGAAGACAAAGACUCUACUGCAGAGAAAGAUGCUACUGAGGAGAAGAUGGGAGAGGACAAACCAACACCUGCUGAGGACCAGGAAGAGCCUGAAGAGAAUGGACCUGUUGAUAUGGACAAGGACACAAUUCCCAGCACGGAGACAUCAACUGUUGAGGAGGAGAAGCAGCAGGACCACAAAGUGUUAUCAGAGACAGAAGAUAACAAGGAAGACAUUAAUACAGAGACGGAAACAAAAAGGAGAACCAGGGGAAGACCGAGAAAAGAUAACGAUGUUAAGGAAGAGAAACCUAUGGAGCAGGUUUUGAGCUCAAAUACCCAACCAGAGGAACCAUCUGUGCCAGAGACCCCCACUUCUCAGAGGAAAAAGAAAGCUCCCUCCACCCCAACAAGGAGGACCACGAGAGGGAGGACGGUUACCUUUAUCUCUCCCCUCCUGGAGGAAGUGGAGGAGCCAGAGGAGGAGGCAGAAACAAGCACUCUGGUGCCUGCCUCGCCACGUCGCACACCUCGAAAAGGUAAACAGACCAAAGACACUAAAGUCCGAGCUAGCACACCUCGAAGAAGUACUCGCAAUGCCCAGCCAGAGCCUCCGAGAGACGAGUUUGAAGAGGAGGACGCCAUGGAUAAUGAUACCACAGUUGCAACAACCUCAAAGGUCUCUUCUCCAGCCAGACGGCGGGUUUCCCAGAGGGCCACCUCAACAAGGACCAGCCAGAGGACCCAGAAAGAAAGUGAGGAGGUGUCUGAAGUCAAAGAUGAGGAAGAACAAGAGGAGGUCACAGAUACAAAACUUUCUCGACGACGAACCUCCAAAACUUCAACACCGGCUAAACAAAGAACCACUCAGGGAAACACUCCAAGGAGGUCCAGCAGAAGGAUAUUGAAUAGCAGCGUGGUGGAGUCAACACCGUUAGAGAUCUUGAAAGAAGAGGAACAGCUGGAGGUCACUCCAUCCCCUGUCAAACGCAACCUCAGGAAGAGUAAGACCGAACUAUCAGAGACGCAGCCAGCCGUGCAGGAAGAGAAAGAGGAGGAGCCAAAGAAACCCUCUAGCCCUGGUAGGGCGACUCGACAGUCCAAUCGGAUCACCCUAAAUGUUUAUCCAGAAGUGAAACUGGUUCCUGUAUCAAUUCCUCAGAGUGCUAGGAAGACGAGAGGAGAGACAAUUACUGAAAAUAUAAAGAAGAGUGGAGUUCAACUUGAGCCUGAACUUAACAGUAACGCUGGUCACACCAACUCCCGUCGACCCACCAGAAGCAAACUCUGGGAUCACCCUGAGGAAGACCUUCCCUUACUGGACUCACCGUUGGAGGUGGAUUCUGAAACCCCUGUUGCGGACGCCCUCAUCAAGAGACUUCAGGAUGAGGAAGACAAGCCGGAUGGAGGAGUGGUCGUCACCAAGAUAGUAAGAACCAGCAAGAGGAGUACGAAGUCAUCAGUGGAGCAGGUUCACUCACUACUCUCUGUAAAAGACAGCCUGGUCCCUGAACCUGAGGAGGAGGAGUCUAGUCCAGGCGAGCAUUCAUUCAUCUACUCCCCCUCACGAAGAAGAACAAGAGCUUCAAGAGCAGAGUCUCCCGGCCCGAGUGAAGAGUCUGCAGCGCCCGUCACUCGCAGCAGGAGAAGAGUUGUCAAAGAUGCCUCUGUUGCUCCUCAUGAUGAAAUUGCUUCAGAAGAAAAUCAGGUUGAAGUGGAGAAAGCAGCAGGACCUUCUAAGACCAGAAAAGCAGGCAGACCAACGGCCAAGUCCAAAGCAGCAUUGGAGCCGCCUCCCGUAGCAGAGGUGGACCUGAUCUCGCCUCUGCCCAGCCCAACUAGUCCGGUUCCACGAGCACUGAAGAGGAUUAUGGAGGGAGAGGCCCCGGCCCCGAGCAUGAAUCUGCGACGCAAACGCAUAAUGGACACCGUUUUCACAAAACCCGUCACACGGAGAAAGAAACUUUGAGGAGGUUGGUGGUGGGUUUAACCAGUGAACCUCAGACAGCCACCGGAAGAUCUGAACCAACUCAGUCAGGAGCUUUCAACCCAUCAUGGUUCCACUUCCUCCGAUGCCUCACAGGGCUGCGGCUGUCUUUGUGUAUUUACUUUCCUCUCGGACAAUAAAAUAAAAGCAAUUUAGGCAUGAAAAUAUAUUUUUGGGACAAAACACACUGGUGGAUAGCAGUGUGAGAGAGGCAUAUAUAUUUUUGGAGUUUACACGUCCCGCUCAUACUCACUUGAUUUCACUUGAUCUUGUGUCUGUGGCCAUUUUGUGUUGGACGAUUUGCGACGCUCCCCGUAAUCUGCUUAGUUCUCUGGACACAGAAUGAAUGGCACAAGGGAAAGCAAUCAAUGUGGGCUUUUAGAAGCUCCCAUUAAUAAAACCAGUGAGACUGAACUGAACCUGCCUCAGAUGAAGAGGUUUUAUCACAUUCUCUUUUAUUUUAUUUUUUGUUUUGUUUUGUUUUUGUUGUUUACUUUUAAGAUUUUCGAGGCCUGCUGUUUUUUCUUUUUAAGAAGAAAAGCAACCAUCCCAGUGGAGACCGAAUAUUUCUACUGAUAGAUUUGUAUAUAGUCUUUUGCUAUGUUCCAAAUAAAAUUAAUAAAUAAAUCGUAAAAGGAUUACGUUCAUUUUCAAGCUGAAUGCGUUUGAUCAUCUAAUCAGACUGCCUACGCCAUAGUCUUAACAUUUGGGGGAUUUUCUGUGAGAGAGGCAGACUUGUACACUAUUGCCAUCAGAUCUGGACUGUUUUUGUAUGUAAUGGGGAUGUUGUACAGUGUGAAAGAAACAAAAGACUUGCACAGCGGUUUGGAGUUGUUAAAAUAGUUUUGGGACAUGUUAAUAGGCUUGUUUAAUUAAAUUUAUGGCACCACCAUCUGACACAUAGGCUAUUUUCUGAUGAAUGUAUGUAGAAUGUCUUAUUUUUGAUGACUGCUCUUUGAUAAAUAUGGUUAAGCUUGAAUACUUCUCUA